ACGGUACCUACACUGCUGUAUUUUAUUAGACGUCCGUGUCCAACCAGAAGGUGUCCUGCUUGAACCACUAGAGAACAACCUCACCCCUAGGCAAAGGCUCCCACUAUCCAUCAUGUACGGUACAAGACCACCAGCCUGCUAACUCGGUGACAGUAGAUACCCGAAUUCCACAGGGCAGUAUCGACCAUCCCCCUGAUCAACGCUCAGACGGCCUGGAGUGGAAACGGACGCCAGGCCUUGGAAGCUGUGGACUGCAACGCCAAUUGGCAAAAACAGCCGCCACAUAUGGAUUGAGGUUGUUAUAUAUUCCCAACUCCCCGACUGGAGGACCGCACUGCGAAGCGGUGCCCUACCCCCAACAUGUCUUCACGCAAUCGAAAUUCCAGGGGCCCCAACCGUAACAGUGGCAGCACCCAGGGGGAGGAGGCCCAUUUGUGGGGUCAAAUCAAAGACGACAUACGAACUAUGAUUGAUGGUAUCAACAGCAGCAACGACUCGCUCCGAGCCAUUUUAGCCCAGGAUAGCCUCAUCGCCAAGAACAAGGACAAGAUUGAUUUAGCCGCAGAGGAACAGAAACUCGACAACAUGCUACGGGGCGGCGUUAAGGGAGCCGACCUAUCCAAACAGCAGAUUGACGCUCUUAUCGAGCAUGUGACGGUCUUGAGGGCUCUGGUGAAGUCUAGGGAAGAAUCAGAGGCACAAGCAGCCGGUCCAUCAGGCCUCGCCGGCCGCGAGCGGCCGAGCGGUUUGUUAGCGAGCUCAGCCAGGGCAUCGUCGGUCCGCGGAGCUAGCGCGCGCGAGAAGGAGCGGGAGAAGGACCGGCAGCGAGAUCGUGACCGCGAUCCUGGAUCCGUGUACGAAUUCGACGGCGGUGGAGACUCACCCGUGCCGUCUCCUGUAGGACGCAAGUUGGCGGGCAGUGCUGGUGCAGGGAGCGACCGCUCAGUGAACCGUGAUAGUGUCCCCCCACGCAGCGGAGAUCGUGACACACCGGGGAAAGCCGACAGCGUGCCCCCCGAACUGGGCGGGGCCGGGUCCGCCACAGCAGCGCAGCGGGCCAAAGUCACAUUCUUCAAGGGCCAGGACGUGGUCUUCAAACCCAAGCCGACAUCUAAUACGGAGGGCACAGAGUGGAUGCUUGGCCGUGUUCAGCAAGUGCUGGGCGAAGGCAAGUCGCGGCGCUACAUGGUACAGGAUGCCGACCCGGACUUGCCACCUGAUCAGCGUAUCGAGUAUCGCACCAGCGCCAGCAGCAUGAUUCCCAUUCCGGCGGCGGGCGUCGAACUGCCAGAACUUGAACGAGGCAAAACAGUCCUCGCCCUCUAUCCGGAUAGCACCAUGUUCUAUAAAGCAGAGGUAAUGGGGAGUGAUGCUGCUACAGGAAAGGUCAGUUUGCGGUUUGAGGGUGAAGAAAACAGUGUGACUUUGCAGCUUGUGGACCGACGAUACGUCGUCGAGUAUCGGAAUUGAAGUGACGCAGUCUUUGGUAUGAAAGCUAUGAAAGCACAGCGGUUCUGGUUCGCGAUGAAACAACAGCUUUAAGAGGUACAAGUACAAUACCUAGCUAGCUAUACAUCGCAAACAGCGGCGACUUCAAGAUUGAUAUCGCAUGCGAUGGUCUACACUGUACAGAAUCACACGUGCAGUUGAG